AAAGUUAUGUCUUGUAUUUUAUAUAUUUUGCUUGUGGCUGUUAAUUAGCUGGUAUUAUACAAUGUCCGAAUAAAUCUCCGUCGUCUGAUUGGUGGGUCGUUGAUCAAGUGUCAUUGAAUUAUUCGUCCCAACGCACGAUUAUACUUUUGGUUGCGCUUAAACACAGCUCAGAUAAACUCUGAUGCUGUACAUUCAUAAAAGGUUACAAGUCAAUCAGACAAUGAGGAUUUAUUCAGGCGUUGUAUAUUAAAAACAAACAAUGAAUUCAUGCUGUGGAAAGAAUUUGGUGACAUUCAUUUUGCCUCGUGAGAUGAAAUACAUCUGUCGCCUCAUGAAAUUAUUCUUACCAUUGCACUCACAUUGUUUGUAUACUAACAGUGAAGCUGUUAAUUCAUUAUUUGCCAAGUAACUCUGGAUGUACCAUAAGUUAAUUACCCUUAAAAGGUUAGAUUGGGUGCUAGACUUCAGGGUGUAGUAAAGUCAUUGCUUAGAUUGAACGAAGAGAAUUGACGGGGUAAGAUUCAAAUGUUUAACAGAACUGCCGGUAUCCAGCCCUAAAUGUUAGUUGGAAGUUUGCCAAGUACUAGCCAGUGUAAAGGAAUCUGAUUCAAAAUUUGAACAAUUGGAUACAAUUAUAAUGGUAUUCGUGAAGUUGCAUCAGUCCAUUGUGUUUUUUGCUUUUGUGUCUAUUUGACGAUACAAAUGCUAUUUCAUGUAUAUAUAUGCAGUACAGUACUGAAAAAUAGACAACUUCUCAUGGAGUACUGUUAACUAUUUUUUUAUAAUCAUCUGAUGUCUUUAAAAUAUAUCAACGUUAGUUUAUUUUUAUGAAGUUUGCCUGAGUAGUUUAUAGAUGUCAUGGUGCAGUACAAUCACGAUUAUGAGUAUUUAGUAUUAUUUACUUAUAAAUGUUUUUUUAAAUAAUAGUUUAAUUUUCACAUCAAUUUGAAAACAGUUAAAAACAAAUUGAAAUCGUACAUCACAUAGCAAAAUAUUUUAUUUUAUCAGAAAAGAAAUAUAACUGCCUGACUUCAUCUUUGUAUCACAAUUUUUCCAGUUUUAUUUGGUUGUUUGUUUGUUUGUUUUUCUUUUUUGGAUGUGUGUCUCUUUAUUUUUUUCCAGUAGGAAGGCAAAAAGGGUAUUUGUUCUUAGUUACUUCUGUACAAUUGUUGCAAUGGUAGGUUUUGUCUACAGGGCAUAUGCAGUUUAUGUUUUGUUUCAUUGAGUGUAUGUGUAAUGCUGUAGCCGAUGAAAUGCACUGUUAGUUUUGAAAUAAUUAUUUCAGGUUAUUUAGUCAUUCAGAAAGUUCUAUUUUUCAUUUAAGUUAUCUCGCAUGCAUGCAGAUGUAAGUAGUUUGCCUCUCUUCAGUGCACAGUUAAACUGUUCUUUAACGUUUUGUUGGUUUAUCACAAGUUGAUUGUUAUAUUUCUGUGUCUCACUGCUCAGCGAAAUUCAUGGCGAAGUCAUGUGAUUGUUUGUCAGGUGAACGUUGAUUCUAAAUCAAAAUUCAAUUUGUUGAUCAUAUUGAAGCCACUUCAUGGGUCGAAAUCAGACAGAAAAACUGAGAAUACAUUUUAGAAGUGUCAAUUCUUGUGUCUCUGAAAUAUGAAUUGCCACAAUAUAUCGCUUAAUUAUGACGUAUAUUUUUUAUAAGAAGAUAAUCAACAUGGUUUUGCCUUUUCUUUAGUGGAAUAGCUGUGACAAUCUUAGUGUCAAUAAAAAGUUGUUAUAUAAUAAGCUGAAGUAGUCCAACCUGUUGCAGCCUGCAUGGAGUCAUUGAUUUCGAAGCCGUAACUCAGAGCUUAUGAUCUGAGGAGAGUUUCUUGUGACCGUUGACAUGCUGAACAGACCAAAUCACGGUGAAGCAUUCAUUCGAAAUUUUAUCAAAAUCUUGUGUUACUUAAAAUGUGACACUGGGCCUGUGAAUUAAAAUACAGUUUAAACAGUGCGAAAAAUUGAGCAGUGUUUUACUUAAGGAAUUGCGUGUCAAGAGCGAAUCUUCACUUCUCUUGCAUGUCAUAAACCCUAAAAGCUGUGACUUCUUAAUAUUAAAUGAACAAUUGAUUGCUAGAAACCCUUUGACAGACCGCAAAAAUAGUUGUCAUCAUACUAUCCACUGAUGACUCAAACACUGAACACUAGAAGGCCUCACUGGACCCUUAUCAAGCAACACACUCGCAAGAGGGAAUGGUGGAUUAUUUCCCUUGAGCAACUAUUAAUAGUUUGCCCUUUAGCAUGAGUCAUUUCCAGAUGGUGGUUCAAGUUGAGCUUCUACGGAAGACAUUUCAAAGUUGCCCCUCAUUCUCGGAUCAUUGCUUUAGCCCGAAACUGUUGCAUGGAAUCUUCAAACUCUACAAGACAGUCUUUCCAAAAUAUGUGAAUUGAGGAUAACGGAAGACGACUUAACAAUUUCCAAGAUGGCUUCAGGGUGUGGAAGGAUGCUGAGCAUUUCAUCACGACUGUUGUGGCUUGUAAUGUUACUGGGAUUAUACAGUGGAUCAAGGCAACACAUAGCAGAUGCGCAGCAGACUGUUGAUCCCCAAUGUUCAUCCUUAGACGGCCUGAUUGAUCACAUUGUACGCAGCAUGCAUUCCAUGCCUGCUACAGCGGUAAUCUGUGCUAAGAUGCCAGGAUGUACAGGAGUCAGAUGCUCCCUCAACAUCUUGGGGCAGAACAUUGGCAUUAGUCUGAGGAUGUACCCCUGUGCCACACCGGCACAGAUGAGACUUCGUAUCUUUAUUCCUUCCAGCGGGAUCAACUUCAGCCAGAUGAUCACCCACGGAACCACCAUCUCUCUUCCAGGUGUGUCUAUGAAUUCCACAGGGUUCCAGUACAGUCCUUUGCCGGGGAUCCGUGUGCAGGCUCAGAUGGCAGUCAACUUCAAGAAGGUCCCCGAAGGAUUAAAGCUGGGGCUCUGGUUCCAGGCUCGUGGCUUUGGUACGGGAAUCAGCUGGCCUAUCGUACCAGACUAUGUCAUCGUCUUCCCUCCAUGUACAGCUGGGUUAGCACCGACACCCCCGCCUCCUCAGAGUCAGUGCGGUAAGAUGGAGGCGCUGAUCUCCAGCAUCCCGCCGCCUCCUGGCUUCACGUGUGCCGUAUUCCCUGACUGUCUGGGAUUGCAUUGCUUUGGAUCCAUCAAUGCUGUCAUAUUGACGUAUGCCGUCAACGUAUCACUAACCAUCAACCAUUGCGAUGUACCCGUGUCUUACACCGUCGCUCUAACCAAUCCAGGAUCGCCGUUGCUAUGGCAACAUACAUUCUAUUACAAUGCCACCGUCCCUGUUGUUGCCAAUUUUCCAGGACGCACAAAUGUGAAUUUGCAGGUCCUCAUGCAACACAAGAAGGGUUACAUCGAUACAACGAUCAAAGUGAUUGUGUGUCUGGAUGUAAUCGGCUGUUUUGAUAUCUCCUUCAUGAACAAUGAAAGAGUUCCUGUUCCAGCUUGUAUUACAAACGCUCCAGUACCACUAAUGGCGCACGCUCAUGUGGACCCGUCAUUACAGCACGAGACCCCUGAGUGUCUGGGAUGGCAGCGGGUCGAGAACAGCCUCAAGGCAAUAAACGUGCCCGGCCUGAGGGUGUCAUUCUGCUACAUUGAGGCACCGGUGUGCAAUCACAUCAUGUGUACAGCUGAAUACAACGGCCAGAGGCCACCAGCCACCAGCACCAGUUAUUCCAUCUACGUUGAGGUCAAGCAUUGUACCCAACCCUUGACGAUGUUGGUGAGCGUCAGGGGUCUCAACAAUAACUUUGUGAUGGAGGAUAGUGUCAGUGCCAAUAAGAAUGUCACCCUGAACCAGCAUGGAGUCUUACUAAACGUCCAUUUCAAGGAGUUAAGGAACGCCAUCCAGCUAAGCGUAGGGGUCCUCAUACCGAUGGGUUAUGCAGCACCAUUAGCCGUCCCUCUGAUACGGAACCAAUUUAUACCACUGCCAAAAUGUGGCGCCAAUGAUCCUGCUGUACCUGGUGGGCCAGUCUACCCGACUAACAAUGUACCCUGGGCACCAGACCAGCCUGAGGAUGGAAAAGAAGCUCCUGAUCUCAGAGUCCCGAAGGGGAACGCAGAAUCUAAGAAUAGCGCAGUUCCCUUAGCUAUUGGUUUGCUAUUCGCAAGUUUGAUCGUCAUCGGGGCUGUAUUUGCGUUAGUCUAUUGGUACCGUCGGCCGAGACGUGCGCCUACAGAAGAGAGUGUCUUGGUGGAUGAAACCGAGCACGAGACAGUGCGCUUUAGCAUCGGAUCAUGAUGACCAAUGAAGAAUGAAUGAUGAUGACAAAUGAAGACGGUGCUUUGUGAUUGGACAAGAGUUUUAAGCAAGGAAUAUCCUUUAGAGAUGCGUCAAGAUGCUGUCAUAUGCAAUUUUAAUAUGUUUUCAGAUUAAUUGAAACUAUUUUUCCCGGAAGGGUUUGGUUGGAAAGAAUCUGUUGGAAAAGGAGAAAAAAAUAGAAAUAUGUGGAUUUAAAAAAAUGUUUUCUGCAUUAAAAAUGGAUUGGGUUUUUGUGCAAAAGAAUUUCCAUAAAAUUUUGUGUUUUUUUUGUAAAUUACUGAAACCUCGAAACCAAUAUGCUCAAAUUACACUGUAACAUUAAUAUGUACAUAGAAAGUUAUAGAUUUUUUUUAAAUUACACUUAACACUAAGCAAGAACCUAAUAAUAGCGUAAAUUGUAGUGCAUGACAUAUAUUUUCUUAAAAUUACUUUAAUAUUUGAUACAAAUCUUAGAUGAUUUACCUCGAGAAAAAAUUAUGUCUAGGGCCAAAUAUAUCAACUUGUGUCACAAUUUUACAUUUUGUUCUCUAAUAUAAGUAUUGUACAGGCCCAUAAUACUCCAUUAAAAAUAACCUCAACCAAAAAUGUAAUGAAAAUAUUUUUGCAAACAUGUCGCAGUUGCAAUGUCUGAAAGUACUGCAAGGUCUUUCUUUGUGCCUAAACUGAAAAUCAAAUUAGGCCUACACAAAAAGUUGUUUUUUUAAAUGGUGUAACAACUAUGUUGACAAAGAAAAUUCACAAAACCACUUUUGAGCUAAAUGUAGCAAUGAGUUCUACCAUCCUAGACUCGCCACUAGUUCUUCUUGACUCCGUAUACCACCAUGAAUUCGGAUGGUUUGUUGAGCACACCGUCUUUGUUGCAUCCAUACUCGACUUGAGCCCACUGCCACAUUGCUUCAAGACAUGCCUUCUGGUUAGACUUGCCAACUCGGUCCACAUCCUCGAUACCAUCCAACCAGACCACUGACCAAAAAAAAAUUGUUUCAAGUGUACAUAUUUAAUUUGAGAGUAGAAUACCAACUCGUCAUUAAAAAAGGAAUCAAUUUAUUUUAUCCUUAAUUUUUUGGGAGUAGUAUAAAAGGUUGAAUAUGACUUCCAGAUGCAAGUCAUUAGAGAUGAGUGUUUAAUAUAUUUUAGAUGGGGACUGGAAUUGUAGACUAUCGCAUGAUGUCGAGACCUUGAGGAAUACGACACGUCUACAUGUGACUGGAUUUAGGGGAAGAAUUGAAGUCGAGGUAUCGGAGUCAAAUCACAAUUAUAUCAAUCAUAAUAAAGACAUUCAUAGGAAAAUGUACAUUGUUAAUUAACUGAUAUUGUCAAAA